AUGGCGAAGCAAGAAAGCCUCCCCCGAAUCCUUUGCCUCCACGGCGCCGGGUCCAACGGCGCAAUUUUUCGAGUGCAAGGGCGCAAGAUCUUCUCAGCUCUUGGCAAAGAUUUCCAGUUCGUUUUCGUCGAAGCUCCGUUUCUCUCGACGCCCGGGCCUGGGAUGGAGCUGUUUGCAGACUCGGGCCCCUUUUACCGAUGGCAAUGCGACAUGGGCGCAUCGCUGUCUUUCGACAUUACGACGGACGAGGUCAACGCAGAGAGGGACAAGGUCAGGGCACUGCUCGAAGACCAUUUGCUGAAAAAGGACGACGGGCAAGCGCUGUUUGUGGGCAUCAUGGCAUUCUCUCAGGGAGCGCGAGUUGCCACGGGGCUUCUCAUGCAUCUGGCGCAAAUGCGUCGACGAGGCCGUACCGACGACUUUUAUGACAUCAAGUUUGCCAUUAUAAAUAACGCCACUUACCCCCCUCUAUACCUCAACGAUGAAAUGACUGCCACUCCGGAAAGAGUCAUGAUUCCUACCUUGCAUAUCCACGGGUCAAACGAUCCAUGGAGGCCAGAGUCGGAGAACAUGUUGGCCGAGUUUUUUGAUUUGUCUUGUGCGACGGUUGCUGGAUUUACCGGCAAGCAUCAGCUUCCACUGGCGAAAGAUGAUGUAGAUGAGGUCGUAACUGCAAUACGCCGGUUAUCUGCACAUUCCACCCAAGACAUUUAA